CUCUCCUCUGAUAGCGAUAACUAUGACGUCACCCCGCCGGGCAGCCAGUGGGGGCGCGGCUCGUUACGUCAUAGCAACAUGUGACCAAUCGCGCGCUUCCAGUGGUGACCAGUGCGGCGAGAGAGAGAGAGAGAGAGAGAGAGAGAGAGAGAGUCGGCCCGCUGGGUGGCUGGAGGUCCUGAGCACUCAGGGCGGGUUUUCAGUGUUGUGAGAGCCGCCGCGGGUGAGUGAGUGUUGCUCGGGUGCGGGCCUGUGACGGAUCUUAUAUUGUAUGGGUUGAACUGACUUUGGACAUGAUAUGGUUACUCAUCACCUGAAAGUAACAAACAUUGUGCAUCAAAAUAAUUGUUACCCUAGAAAAGGUUGGACUCAAAGAUACUGUCUUAUCUGUGAUGCAAGUACAUAACAAUCCUAAGAUAGCUUGAAACUCCACACUCGUUUCACACAUCUCCAGUUCAGCUGUCCGUCCUGUCUACCAACACAUUUCAGACCCGCUGGAGUCCACAACAUUGAAAGUUGAAGUGAAAAAUAUUGCGGUGAAACAGUGCUUAUAAUUACAUGUUUAGUGUUACGUAUAAGACGCCUGCAACUGAAAUCUUAAUCAAAAGUCGUCAAAAUGAGCAAGUUUCUUCCUAUGUUCAAAAAGAAGGGGAAGGGGAAGGAGGAAGAUGUCAUUGAGGAAACAAAGAAGAAGCGAAGCAAAUCACACAAGCUUACCAAAGAAAUCAUCUCAAGUCCGUCCCCUAGUGCUGCGUCCAAGACAGAGAAGAAAAGAAAGACCCCUAAACGCAAGGCCCCUCUUCCACAGGGGAAAGAAAACUACCCGUCAGUAGAGGAGCUGGAGAAAGAAUUCUUUAUAGAUGACAAGGGUGUUGUGCGGGAGUGCCCUUCUGAACUGUAUGUUGAUGCAACUGGUGUAGUGAGAGAGGGACCCAGAGAACUGUUUAUUGAUAAGGCAUUAACUCUAGAGGAUUCCAACCCAGAGACUGUCUCUGACACGUCACAUGAAGACUGUUCACUAGCUAAGGAGAUGCAGGAAAAUGGCUCUCCACAGAGUGAUGAAAAAAAUAAAGACUUAGAGGGACUUCCAACCAAAAAUGACAUAUGUGGUUCAGAUAAUAGUCAUGAAACCUCUUUUGAAGAUCCAGAACAUGAAUCCUCAUUAAAAAAUCAAAAGAACAGUAAAGAUGAAAAGAGUGAUGGUGAUGUUGAAGAGCAAACUAUAAGUCCAGAGAAAAAUGGGGAUGAGUGUGCUGUUACUCUACGAAGUUUUAAAGAAACCCCAACGAAUGAGUCUUCUCUUAGUGCAAAGUUGGCAAGCAGGCUCAGUAUGUCAGAAGAACUACAGUAUUGGCAGGAAGAAGAAGCUGUCAUACUAGAAUGUGAAACUGUAACAGAUUCCACUGAAGAUAUCCAAAAAGAGCCAGAAGUAGAUAACAAAGUAUUAGGAAAUGUUCAUGAGGUUGUUGGUGUAAAUGAGUCUGUAAAUGCCCCCCUUGUCAGUGCACCAGACAUUGCUGAUGAUCAUGUGACAGUGAAAGCAGAGGAAAAGGCUGAGGCAGAAGCCGAGAUUGUAGAGGAGAGCACACUGUCUGUAGCACAUGAAGAUAGUCUAGUGGAAACUUUCUAUACCAACACCGCUGACAGUGAUGACGACUUUGACUCAGCAAAAGAAGACUGGGAUGAUGAAGACAGUGAUGAAAAAGAACCCAAAGAAAAUCAAAGUAACUCACAACUAAAGGAGGACUUUGAACUAUCAAAUGGUAGUGAAGGACUCACAGAAGCUGAAAAUAUAGAAAUGAGAGACAGAUAUGAAGGACAGUGCUCCAGGCAUGCAAGCACCACAUCUUCAAUAUAUCAAGAUGCUGCCAGUAGAGAAAGUUCAUUAUUUGAUAUAGAUUCAAUUAUUGAAGCCACAAAUGAUGGUCAGGGCUCAGUAGAAGGAAAUUUGACUGAAUCAAGUCAACAGGAGAGACUCACACGUAAGGUGUCCAAUGUAUCAGCUUGUUCCAGUGAUAUUUUUAAUGAGGAAUUAGAUGACUUGCUUAAUGAGGAACUAGACAGAUUAUCAGAGGAAGAAACCAGUGCCACCAAUAUGCAGAGCUCUGUUGAUGAAGGGGCCUCUGAAGUACCAAAGGAAGAUUCUAGUCCACAGUACCAAAUGAUAGCACAGGAGAAUUUACCUGAGGUGUCUUAUUCAGAAAAUAAUGAAGUUGCACCAGCAGUAGAGCAAGAAAAUGUUAAAGAUAUUAUCUCAAAGAAGGGAAGUGAGAAAGCAAGUGAAAGAUCAAAUGAGGAAUCCACGGAUGAUAUCCUAACUAGUACACCAGGAGAGAAUGAAUCAGGUGGCUGUAUGACGUCAACUCCCCAACAAGAUAAUAGUUCAAAGCAUAAUGUAGCAGAAGAAAGUGUCACAGGCCCAACAGCACAAGCAUCAGAAGAAGGGCUGGACCAGGCCAAGGACAGUGGGUACUACAGCUUGCCUGUGUCCCCUAAACCCAACACAGUCACAGUGAGUGAGAGGGAGCAAGCAGCACCACCACAGCCCUCAGUUCCCCAGGAGCCACAUAAAGAUAGUGGAGAGGAGGCUCAGGCAGUCUCCACAACUGAGAUGACAGUAUCCACAUCUGUGUUAGAGACACCACAAGUGCAAAAGUCCUUAUUGGAAGACUCGGUGCCAGACCAAACAGAUGCAAGUGUGCCAACUGAACUCUCCCUGUCGUGUGCUGCUCCUGUGGAAGGUGAGGAGGAUCCUUCUGUUAUUGAAGUUAAUGAAUCGACUGCAUCGGUGGAGGAUAAAACUGAAGAAAACUCAAAAAUGUCUCAAAAGAUGGAUGAAAUGAAAAGACCUACGCUAGAAAAAUUUAAAACCCCUCCACCUGACCUAAAGGGCAUGGCAUCUUCACCAGGUCUUGGUGGCCCUGUUCCAGGUAGACAUGCUAGGUACAAGUCACCAGGUUUUGGUUGUGAGGGUGGCAGACAUGGUGAUGAGAAAAUAUUGAGUCCUGAUCCUGUGGGAGACAUGUUUCUACGGCAGGCUGUGUGUAUGUCCCAUGAAGAAGCCGAGGCGCGGUUAGCCCAGCGGCGCGCAGCAAGAGCCGAGGCGAGGGAGCUGAGGUUACGGGAGCUUGAAAGGCAACAGCAUGAACAAGAAAAUGAUGAAGAGAAGCAGUUUGCCUCUCCAUCAUACACAGAGCCUGUGUCACGGGCAGGGCUGGGGAGAGCUGCUGCCCGAUCAUCUGGCAUGAACUGCACUGGCCAGUACUCCCGCAGGUCCUCUGAAGACUCCACCACCGAUGAGGCAGCACUCCCGGCCAAUGUUAGAGAGAUGAGGGCGGAGUUGAAGGAGCUGGAUGAGAAGUUCCGCAAGGCCAUGAUCACCAAUGCACAACUUGAUAAUGAGAAGGCAACACUAACAUUUGAAGUUGAAUUAAUGAAAGACAGGUACACAGAACUAGAAGAAGCACACACACAGCUAACGAAAGAACACCGGAAGAAAUGUACUGAAUAUGAACAGUUGAGAAAGGUGUCGACAAAGUUACAGGAAGAAGUCAAAAUAUUGCGUGGCAUGUUACAAGAACGAGAUCAGUUAAUACAGGAAUAUGGCUUAGUUGUUAUGGGUGAAGAGGAGAAUGGUGAUGAUACAGACCACAUAGAGGAAGAUGAUGAUGUAGACGACCUAUCUCCGAGGAAGCUGUCCGUGAAGAAAGUGUUGGUGUCACAGGAGGCUGCUGAGCUGCUUUCAAAGGGUGCAGCUAAAGGCUCAUUAGAUGUAAGGUUAAGGAAAUUUGGUGAGGAGAAAAAUGAUCUAGAAGACCAAGUUAGAAGACUGAAGCUUGAACUUGAAGAAGAAAGAAACAAGAACAGAAGAAGAGAGAACGGCUUAGAUUAUGAGAAGCAAAAGGAGCAAAGCAAAACUGUAAACGAAUAUAAGUUUAGAGUUCAGAAGGCUGAGGCAGAGGUUUCAACGUUGCAGGCAAAUGUGGUGAGACUGGAUGCUCUCUUAACUCGAUAUAAAACCCAAUCUGAAGAACUGGAAUCAAGUGAAGAGGAACUAAAGUUAGAGAAACGGAAACUGCAGAGAGAGUUAAGGGAUGCUCAGAGUAGAUUAGAAGAACUGGAAACUACAAAUAAUCAUCUUAUAAAAAGGUUUGACAAACUAAAGAACGCAAGAUCUAAUCUCCUUAAGGAUCUCUCUCAAGACCCAGCGUGAGGAGUGACAUGAGCCAGGGAUUUGGUUGACAUGCCCCUCAGAAAUAUUCUCUGCUGCCAAUCUUCAGCUUGUAAGUCGCAAUAUUUGGUCAGGGUGUGUAUGCAACGGGUCCAUAGCGAAGAAUCCUUCCUUGGUGGUAUGGAAGGAGUGGGAGUAAUUUCUACCUGUUUGUAACUGUAAACAUGGUGUUGAUCUCUUUCUGUGUGUUUUUAAAGUGGUAUAGGUUUUCUCUGCAUUGGUAGAGAAAACACUGUAUGCAUUUUUUAAAACAAGUGGAUAUAGAUCAUGAUAGCAGGCACUCAUGUUUAAGCUCUAACCACUGAAUGUAGCUUGUUUACAAGUUGAAGGCUUGCUGAACACCACAGUUACUACUUAACCACCUCAUAGACUGUGAUGUUUGUGGUAUUGGAUACUCGUCUCUCAUAAACUAUUUUGCAAUGAAUGCCUUGGUGCCUCUAGCCUUUUACAACUAUUGCAGUUAUCUUAUUUGAGUAAUGAGAGCUGCAAGAUCAUCUAGGUAGCACUGCUAAUGUUAAUUCACCUAAGCUAAAGCUUUUUAAUAACCCAGCAAACUCGAGCUGUUGCUGCCAGUGACCAGCCUUAACCUAUGAAUUGCAGUGGAUUUUAUGAUUAGGUCACUUUUUGCCAUGGAUUUUAUUAGUUUCUACAAUAUGGCAAUGAUGAGUGUAGGAACUGCUCUUUGGAAACUAUCAGAAGCUUAAUGACAGUAGACACUAACAGUAAGUAUAUUUGAUUGAUUCCAUACAAGGAAGGAGCAGAAUUAUACCAUAUAUAUAUAUAUGUAUAUGUAUAUAUAUAUAUAUAUAUAUAUAUAUAUAUAUAUAUAUAUAUAUAUAUAUAUAUAUAUAUAUAUAUAUAUAUAUAUAUCAAGAAAUAUUUUGUGCUUUUUUUUUUAUAUCUUAUUUAUUAGGAACAUUAUUUCUAAAGUAGCUUCUGGAAUUUUUUAUUUAGAGUUUUAGGUGUGUUAAUUUAUAUUUCUGAUGCUUUCUCAUAACCAAUUUCAUUUUUUUUUAGAGUACUACUCAGUAACUAGCAGGAAACUGUUAUUCAGUUUGAACCAUGAUUUUAUGUUUUAUUCAUGCAUCAAUCUUAAAGGCUUAUUCACUUCCUGUAUGGACUGUUUUGAAACUGUUUGGAAGUGUCUUGAACAAUGUGAUCAACAAAGUCUAAUCUCUGUCCAUAAUUCUCAAUGCCGUGACAUAGUGCACCAAACAACUAUGUAUUAGUUAACAAGGUUGGUUCAAAGGUUUAUUUAUAUUGGUGUCCAAAUAUUCUCUUGUUACUUUGUUAUUGUUGUUUUAGUGAGAUGUGUAUAGAGAAGUGAGACAGUUGACUGUGGCCAUAGCUAGUCCUCCUCUCCCCAAGUGAGCACAAAACCUGUACCAUGUGCAUUAUUUAUUGUUAUACACUUGAGCUGUUUGGGGGUUUUACAUUGAAUACAAAUUGCUAACAGGAAUUAUUGUUAUAUAUAUCCAUACUGUUUUGUAAAUCCAUGACUUGCACAUUUUACAUAGAAAUAUUUAUUCUUGAAAUAGGAUUGCAUUUUCUUUUCUUUCUUUUUUCUUUCUUGCUUUUUCCUGUAUUUUCCUUAUCAAAAGCAGCUUUUUUUAUGUUUUGGUCUUCCCAAUAGAAAUAGAAAAUAAAGCAUGUAAAAUUAUGAUGUUUUACAUAUAGCAAUUUUCAUAUUCAUUAUGAAUUUAUAUCAAUACACAAUCACUGUAAUAGUGAACUGUUAUUAUCUUUCCACAUCCAGUGGAAUAUUGCCUUCUUUUACUUCAACUUCUUACAGUGUCAAGGAAAUUAUUUUGCAUUGAUCUAUAAGCUCCACUAAAUAUAACCUAGAGAUUUCCGUUGACUUCCAUAGAAUGUGUAUUAAAAGGUUCUGCAAAAUUUUCUAUAAGUGGUGCUCAAGAAGCCACUGCAUCCUGUUUGUCCUAUUUCCCUAUGAGCUCCUUGUUAUUCCUAUCUCCUGUGUGUCAUCAUCUUGACAGUUUCACUUAAGACAACUGUUUGUACUGAUUGCAAUAGAAAACCAUCUUUCAUAUCCUAAUUGUGGUUGUGGGACUGAAAGCCUAGAAUUCCUUAGCACUUGCUGUGUUCUGGCUUGCAAUGAAAUUAUGAAUUUCAAGUUAUUAGAACUGAGCCAACUGAUAAUGAAUACAAACAAUAAAUUACUUAUAUCUAGACAUUUAUAAGGAUUCAUGUUGUUAUAACCUGUUGGUUUAUGCUUGGAAACUGAAAACUAUUGAAAUACCAAUGUGAACAGGAUAGAAUCAGGCACUGAAAUCAAUACACUGUUACAUGUCAAUAAACGUUUCAGGUUACUUUCAGGUAAUAUGAAGAGCUGGUAUCAAAUGUACUAUGCACCAAGCAUCUACUGGGUUUUAAGAACGGUGUACUGGAGUGACAAUUGCGAGUGUAACUGAGGGUGAUAUAUGUAUACAUACUUGUACAUGAUACAACACAUGCACAUGUGCGCACGCACACACACACACACACACACACACACACACACACACACACACACACACACACACACACACACACACACACACACACACAUUCAAUCGUGAUUUUCUAGCUCAAAAUCUUGGUGAAAUCAAGAGAUUGUUUUCACUCAUAAUUAAAUGGACCAGCACUAUAAGUUUCAUUCCACCACACAGGAUGGAUGAAACUCAUACCUAGAGCUUUUAGUGUAGCAGUGAAUGAUGUGUUUUAAGAAAUUUUCCUAGAGAAGUAUGAAUUUAUGUACAGUUUGCUGAUGAAAGAUUGAAUUUGUACUAAGCCAAGCCAUAUAUUACAUAAUCAAAAUUUGUUACCUUUUUAUUAGUAAAAAUGAGCUUUUACACAUUGAAGUAAAUACCAGUUUUGUUUUCCAAUGCUUUUCAUAUAUUUUCAUAAGAUGGCUAAUUAUCACAGGUUUUGAUAACCGUGUAUGGCUGUUUAAAUAUUACAUGAUAUAGGAACAUGAACAAUAUUUAUUGCAUUAAGGAAUUAUUACAGGUCAGGACUGGAAUGCAGUGCCAGUUGUGGCUUUCAAGUUAGGUGUGUAGGAUCAGAAACACAAGUACGUACAUGUGAGCUGUUCUCAAUCAUUGUGCACAUUUAUUUUCUAUACUCACUUAUGGAGUAACAUAAACCAUCCUAUAAAAGUAUUGGCUUUAAUAAGAAGUUCAGUUUUCCAUAUGUGGCAUCAGUGUGAACAGUCCAGUGGUACAUGAAGGUUGUUGUAGCACUUAGAGAAACUCCUUGUGACAAUCAAGGUUAUCCUACAGUUUCUUUAUGGCACUUGCUGAGCUCAAUCAUAGUGAAAACUGCUACUAUCUCAGGAGACUGAAUUCUUAGGAUCUUGCAUAAUGUACAAUGCUUUACAUUUAUAAUAAGUAGUGCACAAUUUUAUUUGCCCUAUAAUAUCUACCAUGAUUUUUACAUUUCUACAUUUUGUAUUUGUAGAAAUUGUAUGGAGUUGAUUGAUUUUAAGAGACAUUUAAAAGGAUGCAGUGUAAUGAGACAUGUUUGAUGUGAAGACGCCUAUGACGCCUCAUUGAUACAUGCAGCUGUUUGUAGCUGUAAGAUAGGGCAAUGGUAGGGAGGAGGAGAUAUUUAUAUUCCGUCACAUUGUAGUACAGUUAUUCUUCGUUACAGUUGAAGGAUCUAUUUAUAUAUAAUUUAGGGGAGGUAACAUGCCUGCCAGUUUAAAUUUUGUGAUAGCAAGGCUCAACAAGAAGCAACUUUCGUCCACACUACCUCAUCUGAGGGGGUGUAGAGUGCUUCAUGAGCUGUCCACUCUAUAGUAAGGUGCUUCAGAUUGGUGAAAACAGCUGUUUUCAAGAUUUAUAUAAAAGUUGAUCAGCAGACCUGAUUCAGUAUUUGGCUUUAUGUAUAAAUUUGUGAAAUGCUUGACUUGUACAGAGUUGAAGAUGUAAAUAAUGCUCCAUAUUUCAUUUCGUGUAAAAAUAAAUUAAUACUGACUGAACAA